AUGGAGGAGACUGUCGAAGAUCAGGAGGCGACGGUUCAAGAUGCAAGAGGGCUCCUGAGUUUGCCAUUCGUGGGAAACCAAGAAAGUGGGCAGUUCAGUGGUGCAACCACGUUCCCGACGAUGCCGGCUCAACGAGGUCACCAGCUGCCGCAGCCGGUACUGAAAAGUCUGCCUAACGUGUCAGCACAGUCUGUAUUCCAGCAAGUGAGUUCGAAAAAUAUUCCGAUUCCCUCGGGUCACGGCUCGUCGGUGAGUACGCCCCUUCUUGAUGAAACACCGUUCGGCAGGCUGACUGCUGAAUUCGAGAGAUUCCUUGAAGAGCCGUUCCGAGAGACAAAGCGGACGACGCCGUCGAACAAAUGCACGGGGAUACUUCCGCUAAAAGUUUGUAAAAUGACGGACUCCAUAUCAACUCAGACUGAACUCACAGAAGAGUUAUUCAGCAGUUUAGACAACGGAUUCAGGAAGCUGCGAGAGACGGUCGAUGAAAAUACCAAGUUCCUCAUAGGCACACAGCGCCUGAUAAAAACAGUGUUCGAGGAACUAUCGGCUGGAAAGAGUGUCGGUACUCCGGCUCUUCAGUCCCCACAAACCUCCGGUUACUCCGGCUCACCAGUGCCCACCACCUCCUUGUCUUCCGGCUCCCCAGCCCCCACAAACUCCGGGUUGUUAGGCUUCCCAGCCCCACCACCUCCGGGUACGUCGGCUCUCACCUUCGGGGCUUCCGGCUCCCCAGCCUCCACCACCUAUGGGUACUCCGGCUCCCCAGCCUCAACCGCCAUCCGGUUACUCCGGCUCCCCAUCCCCACCCUCUCCGGCACUCCGCCCCUAGCCAUACCACCUCCGGCCCUACCACCUCCGGAUAUUCCGGCUAACCAGCCCCCACCACCUGCGGGUACUCCGACUCCCCAGCCCUCACCACCUUUGGGAACUCCGGCUCUCCAGCCCCUACAAACCUCCGGGUACUCCAUUUCCCCAGCUCCCACCACCUCCGGGUACUCCGGCUCCACAGCCCCCCCCCCCCCACCAUCUUUGUUUAUGGAAUGGUCUUUGUGUAACCACCAACCCCCACCAACCUCCGGGAUCUCCGGCUCCCAGGUACCCACCACUUCCGGGUACUCCGGCAACAGAGCCACCACCAUCUCCGAGUAUUCCGGGUCCCUAUCCCCAACUCAGGGUAAUCCGCCUCCCCAGCUUCCACCCCCUCCGGGUACUCCGGCUACCAAGCCCCCACCACCUCCGGGUACCCCGGCUUCCAAGCCCCCAUUACAUCCGGGUACACCGUCUUCCCAACCCCAACCACCUCCAGGUACUUCGUCUCCAGAGCCCCACCACCUUCUGGUACUCCGGCUGUCAGCGCCGACUAACCUCCAGGUACUCCUGGUUUCCCGGCUCCCCAGCCCCAAUCAACAUCCGGGUACUUUGGCUUCCCAGCCCCCACCACCUUCGGGUCUUUCGGCUCCCCAGCUCCUACACCAUCCGGGUACUCGGCAUCCCAGCCCCCACCACUUCCGGGAAUACGGCUCCCUGGCCCCACCGCCCUCCGGGUACUCAGGCUCCCCAGCUCCCACCAUCUCCGGGAAGGUCUAUUAUAUGCGGAUAUGGACACUGAAGAACCAGUACUUGGUGUCUAUGGAGGAGAUACUGAGAACGCUCCCGAGUAGGGAGCGAACCUACGAACUCCCGAUCGCUAAGCGGACACCUCAUCUAUUACACCACCGCGACCUUUAA